UAUUUGGAUUUGAACCAUAUUUUGAAAUUCAUCUUCACGUACAAUGCCACCAGCAGUUGGAGGUCCAAUUGGAUACACCCCCCCAGAUGGAGGCUGGGGGUGGGCAGUGGUGGUUGGAGCUUUCAUUUCCAUCGGCUUCUCAUAUGCAUUUCCCAAAUCUAUUACUGUAUUCUUCAAAGAAAUUGAAGAUAUAUUCCAUGCCUCUACCAGCCAAGUAUCUUGGAUAUCCUCCAUCAUGUUGGCUGUCAUGUAUGCUGGAGGUCCUGUCAGCAGCAUCCUGGUGAAUAAAUAUGGCAGCCGUCCAGUCAUGAUUGCUGGUGGCUGCUUGUCAGGCUGUGGCUUGAUUGCAGCUUCUUUCUGCAACACUGUACAGGAACUUUACUUGUGUAUUGGAGUUAUUGGAGGCCUCGGGCUUGCCUUCAACUUGAAUCCAGCUCUGACCAUGAUUGGCAAAUAUUUCUACAAGAAACGACCAUUGGCAAAUGGACUGGCCAUGGCAGGCAGCCCUGUGUUCCUGUCUACCCUGGCCCCACUCAAUCAGGCGUUCUUUGGUAUCUUUGGCUGGAGAGGAAGCUUCCUAAUUCUUGGGGGCUUACUACUAAACUGCUGUGUAGCUGGAUCUCUGAUGCGACCAAUAGGCCCCAAGCCAACUAACGAAAGGAAAGCUAGGUCUAAGGAAUCCCUUCAGGAAGCUGGAAAAUCUGAUGAGAAAAAAAGUACAGGUGAUGCAAAUACAGACCUUAUUGGAGGAAAUCCCAAAGAGGAAAAACGAUCAUUCUACCAAACCAUUAACAAAUUCCUGGACUUAUCCCUUUUUACCCACCGAGGCUUUUUGCUGUAUCUCUCUGGUAAUGUAUUUAUGUUUUUUGGACUCUUUACACCUUUAGUCUUUCUUAGUAGUUAUGGCAAGAGUAAGCACUACUCUAGUGAGAAGUCUGCCUUCCUUCUUUCCAUUCUGGCCUUUGUUGACAUGUUUGCCAGACCUUCCAUGGGACUUGUAGCCAACACAAAGUGGAUCAGACCUCGUGUUCAGUAUUUCUUUGCAGCUUCCGUUAUUGCAAAUGGAGUGUGCCAUUUGCUAGCACCUUUAUCCAGCAGCUAUGUUGGGUUCUGCAUCUAUGCGGGAAUCUUUGGAUUUGCAUUUGGGUGGCUCAGCUCAGUAUUGUUUGAAACAUUGAUGGACCUCGUUGGACCUCAGAGGUUCUCCAGCGCUGUGGGAUUGGUGACGAUUGUGGAAUGCUGUCCUGUUCUCCUGGGACCACCACUUUUAGGUCGUCUCAGUGACUUAUAUGGAGACUACAAAUACACAUAUUGGGCAUGUGGCGUAAUCCUAAUUUUUGCUGGGAUCUAUCUCUUCAUUGGCAUGGGCAUCAAUUAUCGACUAGUGGCAAAAGAACAGAAAGCAGAGCAGAAAAAGGAGAAUAAAGAUGAGGAGACCAAUAUAGAUGUUGCUGAGAAGCCAAAAGAAGCUACCAAAGCAGCAGAAUCUCUGGAGCAGAAAGGCCCAGAAGGAAGCCCCAAAGAAGAGGAGAGUCCAGUCUGA